AUGGACGCCGACGGCGCGGGCGCGAGGGACGACGGGGACGGGCGCACGGCGAAUCUGGUGGUGACGAAACCGAAGGACAUCGGCGACGCGGAUUUCGCGAAUUAUUUUUGCACGUACGGGUACCUGUAUCACCAGAAGGACAUGCUGGAGGAUCAGAAUCGAAUGACGGCGUACAGCGACGCGGUGCGAUUGAAUCCGGAUUCGUUCAGGGGGAAGGUGGUGCUGGACGUGGGGACGGGAUCUGGUGUGCUCGCGAUGUGGGCGGCGCAAGCGGGGGCGAAGAAGGUGUACGCGGUGGAGGCGACGCACAUGGCUGUGCAAGCGAGGAAAAUCGUCGCGGCGAACGGGCUGAGCGACGUCGUGGAGGUGAUACAAGGAUCGAUGGAGGAGGUGGAACUGCCGGAGAAGGUGGACGUGAUCAUCAGUGAAUGGAUGGGGUACUUUUUAUUGCGCGAGUCGAUGUUUGAUUCGGUGCUGUGCGCGAGGGAUAAGUGGAUGAAGCCGGGAGGGGCGAUGUUUCCGUCGCACGCGAAGAUGUAUCUGAGCGCGAUUAAGUCGAACAAGAGUGGGCAAAAAUAUCAAGAGCUUCAAGAGAGCUUGAACGUGUGGGAGGAUUUCGUGCGGAACACGCACGAAAAUUAUGGCAUAGACUUGUCGUGCAUGAACGGCGAAUACGAAGAUGAGCAAAAAGAGCACUAUUUGAACACCGCGGCGUGGGUGGACAUUCACCCGUCGCAAGUCAUGGCUAAGCCGUUUACGUUGGCGAGCUUUGACUUGAACACGUGCUCGAUGGACGACAUCAAAGUUCUUCGCGACGUCGACUUCAAGCUGCGCCUGUUCGAUGGACUCGCAGGGCCUUCGGGGGAGACGCGCGUCGGCGCGUUCGCGGGCUGGUUCGACGUCACGUUCGCGGGAUCCAAGGAGAACCCGUGCGAGAACCCGGUCGAGCUCACGACAGCACCGGACGCGAACGGCGCCACGCACUGGGGUCAACAAGCGUUCUACAUGUUUCCUGAGGUAUACGCCAGCGAUGGUCACUUCAUUUCUGGUAAGUUUGACAUGGUUCGUCGCAAGGAAAACCAACGCCUGUACAGCGUUCGGAUGAACUGGACGCAGUCCGACACGGACGCUGGGCCGCCGAACGAGUCCAUCGGCACGCGUGGGAUCGUUUGGCAGAUUGAGUGA